AUGGAACCAGAUUCAAAUAUACUUGAAUCUAUUGAUAUUGAUGAACAUUGUAUUGUUAAAUUUUCGAAUAUCAAUAAUGUAGAAAAAAAAGGAUUGGGGUAUUAUUCAAUUAUAGAAUCUACAUUAACAUUAUGUAUUGCUAACAAACAAUUUACCAUUCGUCAAAAUCCAAACAUUUUUCAUUGUAAUAAAGAGGAUACAGGAUGUGUUUUAUGGAGAGCGUCAGUGGUUUGCUUAGAAUAUCUUCUUUCGCAAUCAUGGUUUGUUUGUAAUUUGCAGGAUUUCCAAGUUAUUGAAUUAGGAGCGGGUAUUUCAGGAAUAGGAGCUAUUUUAUUAGGAGAAAAGGUUAACAAAUACAUUGCUACAGAUAAGGAACAUAUUUUGAAAUAUUUAUACAGAAAUAUACGUGAAAAUCUUCCAAUUAAGUCAAAUAUUAAAAAAAAACAAUCUACUCAUGAAGAAAUAAAUAUAUUUGUUAUGGAGCUCAAUUGGUUUGAGAGCCCAAAUACAUAUUUAAAAAAUUUACAAAGUUUCUUGGGGAAAACAUCUAAACAUCUUUGUAUUUUAGCAUUUGAUACUAUUUAUAAUCCUUACAUUACAAUUCACUUCGUUAAUACAUUGCUCUCAAUUUUCGAUUAUUUUCAAGAAAGAAAAAUAUUUGCAAUUAUAGGUUUAGAACUUCGCAAUUAUGAUACACUUUAUGAUUUUCUUGAAAAAAUACAAUCACACUUUUUUAUCCAAGCCAUUUGUGAUGAACAAUUACAAAAAGGAUAUCAAAUUUACUUUAUACAAUCAAAAUAA